GAAAAAAAAACCCUCGCACAAAACAAACUCAUUUGAUCAGCAUCCCAGUGUCUUUCGCCCUUUUGGCCAGCAGAUGUCACUGUCGAAGUCCGUGUUAUGAAACAACAAGUGGUGAAACUGGUCUUUUUGAAGCACGUCAACUGUAUUUCAACUUUGAACAGAAGUGGAGAAAGGACAUUUUUGUGGAUAUGGAUUACGUAAAUAAAGUCAAACAAUUUAUGCAGCAGCCCAUACCCGUGGAGGCAAAUCGGCCAACACCCAUCGACUUCCAUGGACUCCCUUUGACAAAAUAUUACACCGACAACUGGGACGAUGUCCAGAGCUUCAAAGCAAGACCAGAUGACAUUCUCCUGGUUUCUUAUCCUAAAUCUGGAAGCACAUGGCUCUCUUACAUUCUAGACCUUCUGUAUUUUGGCCAGACAUGUCCAGAGCGUCAGACAUCAAUCCCUAUUUAUUUGAGGGUGCCUUUUCUGGACAUGCAGAUACCUUCUUUUCCAUCAGGAAAAGAAGUGGCAGAUGAGCUCCCAACAACUCCUCGUAUUAUGAAAUCUCACAGACCAGCCCAGUUUUUACCCCAAUCUUUCUGGGAGCAAAACUGCAAGAUUGUCUAUGUGGCCCGUAAUGCCAAAGACACUGCAGUAUCCUAUUUCCACUAUAUGAGGAUGAGCAGUAUCCAACCAGAGCCAGGAGACUGGGGCACCCAUUUUCACAGGUUCAUGGAGGGAAGAAUGGUCCAUGGAUCCUGGUACGAUCAUGUGAAUAGCUGGUGGGAAAAGAAACAGACUUACUCAAAUCUACAUUACAUGUUCUAUGAAGAUAUAAUUGAGGACCCUGCGCGAGAGAUCAACCAACUCUGUUCCUUUCUUGGAUUGUGCCUUUCUGCUGAGGAGAAAGAAAAAGUCAUGACUGACAUGAAGUUUGAGGCGAUGGCUCAAAACAAAAUGGCUAACUAUUCCACCAUUGCCCCUUUGAAUCAAAAUGUUUCAACAUUCUUGAGAAAAGGGAAAGUUGGUGACUGGAAAAACCAUUUUACUGUGAGCCAGAAUGAGAUGUUUGAUGAAGACUACAAGCAGAAAAUGAAGAAUCCUUCACUGCAUUUCCGUACUGAGAUUUAAAGAAAAUUGGACAU